CUCUCACUAACUAACAUACACACUCUUUUCUCGUGUCAUCGUUUCAUAUUCUUUUUCUGUUAGCUUAACGUAUCAAAGAAGUUUGAUUUUUUUUUUUUUUUUUGCAAAUGGCGACGAACGAAAACGAAUGCAUUGUGAAGAAUUUGUACAUGAAUGAAGGAAGUAUUGAGAGUAUUCGUUACUUUGAAUGUCGAAAGUCGUUGAUGGAAAUGCUUCGUGAUAGAGGGUAUAAUGUUUGUCAAUCUGAGAUUACUCUUUCUCUUAACGAGUAUCGUCAACGGUUUGGUGCAGUUCCUAAACCUGAAUCCCUUGGUGUUUGUGUUUCUCUGAACUCUAACCCUUCCAAUAAGGUACAAGUUGUAUUUACAGGAACUGAAGAUAUAAGGAAAAAAACCAUGACUGAUAUAUAUGGCCAGAUUGUGGACAAAGAAAGAUUGAGUAGGCUGAUACUUAUUGUGCAAAGCAAUAUGACUGCAUUUGCUCGUAGAGAAUUGGAAAAUUGUCCAUAUAAAGUUGAGAUUAUAAAAUUGAAUGACUUGGUGGUCAAUGUAACAAAGCAUGUGCUGCAGCCAAAGUUUGAGGUACUCACUGCUGAUGAGAAACAAGAAGUGCUGAAGAAGUAUAAGAUUGGAGAGAAACAGCUACCUCACAUGCUAAGAACUGAUGCCAUAGCAAGCUACUUUGGGCUGGAAAGAGGACAAGUCCUGAAGAUCUCUCACAGUGGUGAGAUGUUUAAUUCUCUGGUAACUUACCGUUGUGUGGUGUAAUACUUCUACUACAUUAUGCUGCCAUAUAUGAAACAGUAACAAUUCCAAUUUUAGUGUUUUAGAACCUAACAUACUUACAAUUAGCAGAAAGAUUAUACAGGGAUUUAUUAGUGUUUACAAAGUUCUAUUGUGUAUGUGUUCUGUUUUUCCUUUUUGCCUAUACAUGUUAAGAAACUAGUCAAAUGAGUGACAGAGACACUUUAUGAUAGUGACCAUAUCACUUCUUAUUAA